GGCCCGGAGUAAAACUUCUCUAUUUAAAGACGAGCCUUCCGACAGACACGUAUUUAUGACGGGUUGGUUCGCACUUUUCAGGAAUCCUUUCUCUCUUAAAUUAUUCCUCUCUUUUGUUUGCACUGUAACUAAGGGAAACAAAUGAAGACACUAGCCAGUGUCUGCGUGACUGUAGAAGACCGAGACGAGACGGAUUACUUCGCUGAAUUAUGCGUUUUGUAUUCUAAGAACCACCAUACCGAAAAAAAAGAAAACUAAGAUGGAAUAGGAAGACCACUACAAUAGCUCUUGUUCUGUGCGUAUUCUGGAGUUUAGUUUUUUUUUUUCAUGCGCAUUAAAAACUCUCAUGACAUAACAUCAGCAGGCGGGGUGUAAUGUGCAGCUAUGCCUGUGUGCUCAAGUAAAAGUCUGGACCCACGCAACUUCGUAAUUAUCAAACCACUUCCCAUAAGUCCUCCCGCGGGGAUAAAACUCCAAGCUCGUAGUAGCACCGUGUUCAACCCCUGCGAACCGAAUCGGGAGCAAGUUUUCAGGGAGAAUUACCGUCGGAGACAGAAGCAACUGACUCGCCAGGGCUACAGGGCAGUAAAUUGGCGGCCGUAUGAGGAGAUUGGAGAACCCCUUGUCCUGGAGCCUAAGAGGCUGAUUCUGCAUUCUUUAGGACAACCUGAACAGAUUUGUAAGGAUGAACCUUCUGGAGGACCAAAGGAAGACCAAGAGAGUGCCUUCAACAAAGCACAACUAGAUUCAGCUGAAGAAAGCAAGAAUGUGCCUUCAAGAGUGCUUCCCAUUGAGAAGACAGGGGAUGAUGGGAGAGCUCUCAGGAGACACCUGACUCGCACAAGGUGUCUAGUGUCUGCGGUCAAGCAGGGCCAGGGCUACUUUCACAUCCUACAGAAGGAGGCUCAGGAUCUUCAGAAAGCUCAUCUGGAGGAGCAGCAGAGACUUGCAGAGUUACGGCGCAGUGCAUGCAAGCCCCCCUCAUUCUCCACGGAGGAGGGCUCGGAGAGCGAUGAGACCACAGAGGGCUUUUUCAGAACUGCAUUGCCUGCAGAACACAGCCAGUUAUACAAGAAACACGCACGGAGGGCUUCACCGGCACGACCUUUCACCCCACUGCACUGUUCACUAACAUCUCCACAGCCAUCUGAAGCAUCACAGGAAACAAUUUUUCGCCAGCUGUGUUGUCUAAAUUGGCUUCUAGAAGCUUUGACGUUGGAGCCCUUGGGAAGAAUGGGGCCUGUCUUUUCUUGCUGGGAUAUAAAGGACCCUGGCAGAAGUAAGACGAUGAUAAAGACACUGAAUAAAGAAAAGGCAAUUGAGAUCAAAUGGGACCAGUUUAUUACACAGUCAAAGUCCAAAAAGCCUCCCUCCCGGGUCCUUCGCAAGCUGUCUGUGAAGCCGAGGAAAACGUCAUUCCUUGGCUCCUCGUGUCUGAGCGAGGUGUCGUCCGCUGUGACCCCUACGAUGGGGAGCGCUUCAUCGCUCGCCCCUGGCUCCGAGGACCUGGUUCUUAUUUCAGGGGGCGUCGGUCAUGCCGAGGAGAGCGAGUCUGCCGCCAAGGCUUCUGUGGCCCAAAGCAGGCAGGACAGCGAGGACAAGGAGCCCGUGUCAGACUACCUCCAAAAGCUGCUUGAUGCUGUUCACCAGAGUGUGGCCAAGGAGUUGCACAACUCUGAACAGCACAGUGGGAAUCCAAAUGACAGCUUGUCACAGGCCAAAGAAAUCCCUGGAAGAGAUGAGCAAAAAGAAUCAGGACCUGAGACACAUUCUCAAAGGCCUAAAAGCUCCCCCAUCCGACAGCUCUCUGCGACCAGUCAGUUCAUCACCAGCAAGUCGUCAAUGGCGUCUGAGAUGAGAGCGAGGAUCUUGGAGAGGGCUGAGGAAGUGGCCAUGAGUCUAAAUGACCAUUUGGAAGCCAAAGCGAAGAGGCGCUGGGUCAACAGUGUCCACACGUUCCUGUCCUUGGCACACGUGUCAAGCGGUCGACGUGACCUCCAUCGAAUCGGAACUCCUGCAGAAGAAAAGGACAUUGUGGAAAAGGAGGAGAAACCAACCCGUUGCACAUGGUUGUCCGAACUGCUGUCAAGCCUUCCUGAAGGUGUUCUGGAAAACAGAAAAAUCUGCCGCAUUUUGGAAAAACUGGCAAACUUUGCAGAUGGGCCAAGUCUAAGGAUCCGGCCUAACCAAUUUCUCAGGGUUCUGGGCAGCCUGCGCACAUGGGAGCUCUGUUCUCCAGAUGUGUCUGUUGCUGUUGAGAUUGUGCGGAAGCACAUCGUGCACAUGUCAGAAGAAGACUACGAGGCGUGGCUGUGCCCUCGGGUCAAGGUGCCCCCAAGAGCUCAGAGUGCACCCCCCUCCAGUGAGGUGAACCCUCUCUUCAGGAGGAACUCGCACAUUAGCAGCAUUUUCCCAAGACCUGUAAAUCUUUCCCUUUAGCACCUGCAUUUGAUAUAACAGAUUGCUGUCACCCAGGUCUGUUCCAAAGGUUCCCCAAACCAUUAAACUUUAAAAAUGACAUCUAACAUAUUACCUACCUUCAGAAUAUUAUGAAUCCAAAAAUACACCUACUGGAUAAUUUGUGAAAAGCACUUAUUUGAAUUGUCAUACUAAAAGACCAUUAUUUUGCUUGGAAGUAUAAAUCUUCAGUGAUACUGAGCCACAAUAUUAUCAAAAAAUUCAGCACCAUUGUCAACAAAUUCAGCACUACCAUUUUUGGGAAACAUACUAAGAGCAAAGUUUGCAGCUGGUUGAAGCAGUAGUCAGUUCCUGUAGAUCUCAUUGAAUUCCAUCACCAAGCUGUCUUGCUUGUGCCAAUGAUUGAGUGUUUGAUUAACAUAUUUCUUAAAACCUGAAAGACCAAGAUUCAGGAUUUGGAGAAGUGAAUAAGUACAUAGAAUUUUUAUCCAUGGGCUCUCAAACUCAGUUUCUGAAAGGCCUGCUCUUCCGCUUUUUGUUCCACCUGAGAUCUCAGUUGCAUAGCUGGUCUCAAUGGAAUUCUAACAAAGUUAUAAUGGGAAUCCGGGAGGAAUGGUAGAUCUUAAUCGUACGCACUUCAGUUCGCCUGCAUAUGCAAGUCUCGCAACCGUCACUUUGUGUAUCGCAUCUGGGCGGUGCGGUGGCUUUAUGGCUAAGGAUCUGCGCCUGUGGCUGGAAGGUUACCGGUUCGUAUCCUGUGGCUGGCAGAGCAAUC